AAUGAGUCAAAAUAAUAUCACUUUACCACCUUUAAAACAUGUCUUUCAAGGCUUGUUCAAUAGCCAACCCCAAUCAAAACAACAUCGCCAGCGUAGUACAUCUUCUGGUGGAUAUCCUUCUAUGGAGUCUGUAGAAGCGGCAAGAUCAUUACAGCAGUUGUCAAGUGUAAAUCAAACAUGUUGCUACCAUUGUGCUCCCACCCCCAUGAACACACAAUUUUUUUCGGGUCAUCGUCGAGCUGUGUCUGCUUCUACUGAAAUGUCGAACCGUCAGUAUCCUCAUUCUCAUCCACAUCAUCCAGUGAUGGUUAACCAACAGAUGCCUAACCAACAUGUGGCUCCAAUGUCAUCGUUGCCAGGACAACCGCCAAUGAUGUAUCCUAAUCAACAGUUUCGACGAGCCAGAGCGCAUACGACCUCAGGGUACCCACCUACCAUGCUCUUUGAGCCUCACGUGUACAACAAUGACAACAACAACAACAAUCAACAAACAAACGAUUCUCAGAUGAUGAUGAUGAUGCGAGGCGAUAAUGUGAAGAGCACGAGUAAUAGUCACCGAUACCACUGUCAACAUUGUCGAAAGUCAUUUUCAAGACCUUCAUCGUUAAGGAUCCAUAUAUAUUCACAUACGGGAGAGAAGCCAUUUAAGUGUCAUCAUCAGGGAUGUGGUCGUAGUUUCAGUGUGCAUAGUAACAUGCGACGUCAUUUACGUGUACAUUAUUAUCCUCAACAACAGCAACAACAGCAACAACACAAUAGUAUGCGUUUACCUAUAGUGCCAACGAAUAACUAUGAUGUGAGAAGAGAUUGCUGUGUCACUACUAAAUCACCUAUGUUGCAUACAUGAAUAUUUACUUCCACUCACACAUCACUACUCGUAUAACAUUAUUUGCAUCCUAACCUUUCUCUCUCUCUCUCUCCACCCCUUUGUUCAUCACAAGGGCACACCCCCCUUUUUGUUUCUCUCUCUCUCUCUCUUUCUCUCAAUUUUUUUGUUCUUUUUCCAGUUAAUAUUAUAAUUAAAGUACACACAACACACACGCACC